CAGAAUUGUAAGUUCUGUGCGGCGCUUUCUGCUUUGUUUUCCUCUUGGUAAUGGGCAUUAAAACUGGUGCGGACGAAUGUUUUGUUUCGUACUCUAGAUUUAGCUUUAGCUUCCUCUCAGGUGCGAGUUACAAACAUGCGAGGUUAGUUUGUAACUUGGAACUAUCGGGAGCACUUUAGAUGGCUACAAACUAUCAGCUACUGACAGAUCUUGUAGAUACACGCCCCAGUAUGUAAAGUAACGAAAACUGAAACCAUUAUUUGGGGGGUUUUUUUGUUUGUUUUUUUGUUUUGGUUUGGUUUGGUUUUGUUUGUUUGUUUGUUUUUAUGCAGAGGACUUGUCUACACUCCCAGAGUGAAAAAUAUUUCCAUCUAUGAUGAUGACAGAUUUUACAGAAGAGCAUACGUGGUUACAAAUACAGCGUGAACUCAGUUUGAGGAAACUAACAGAGGGUUCAGAGUAUCAAGAGGAACUAAAAUAUGACUUCAAUAUAAAAGGGGAACUGAGGCACCUAGAUACAAAUGAGUGCUUUGUUUUCAAUUACUACAAGAACGGACAUGAGCAGAAUCAUAAACGCUACGAAGUUCUGGGACAUUCCAUUACCCAGUAUGUUUAUGAGCUCCUGGAAAGAGUCUGCAUGCUGCAGAAGGUUUACAUUCCUACUGAUGCUACAGAGGGUGAACCAAGAAGCUUCUUUUUCAUGAGCAAGGAUGCACUAACAAGUUCCUCUAGCCUAAUUAUCUUUCUUCAAGACCAAGGAGUUUUUUGUGCUGGACAGUGGGGGCGACGGGCAAUUGUCAGCGAGGGCCUGAAACAUGGAACACAAAUAUCAUUCAUCAAAAUGGCCCUGCAGAGCCACUGGGAAGUGAUUGUACUGAACCCCAAUGACAACUUCACUGAUCUGAACAUUGAAAAGGAAAGAUUUUCUGCUAGGGAAGAAGGGCUUCCUUUUACACAGUCUGUCUGUUGGAUCCCCAAAAGGGGAAGCAGCAGCCCUGAGGAGCAUACCUUGUAUGUAUGGGAUCAUUUCAUUGCAAAGAGUGCAGCCAGGAAUGUAGCCUUCAUUGCCCAUGGCUAUGGUGGGUUGGUGUUUGUUGAUCUGCUGGUGCAGAGGAAACGUGAGGUGAUGAAUAAAGUGUACUCUGUGGCAUUCAUUGACUCCACACACAACAUGCAGCACCAGAGCAGACAUGAUCCAGAAAUACAGGAAUGGAUACACAAAAACUGCCGAGAAUGGGUGUCAAAUAGUAAACCCUUAAAUAAAACUGUGCACUUUCUCAUGAGAGUAAAUUGUCCUACUUUCUCUGCUGGAACAGAAAAGUAUGGUUUAGCACCCUCCUGCUGCUUACAACCCAUCUUUAAGUACCUGAAGAGCAUGCUGAAAGCCAAGAUCACAACAGCCUUGAGGAAUUCGCCUGUUGCAACCAGAAGCAGCACAAAAAAGAAGAGAGGCAAUAAGUAAAGAUACACUUUGUUCUUGAUAGUGGUCUCUUCCUUUCACAAGUGCUUCUGCACCCUUUCAUCACUUAAGCGCCUUCAUCUCACUGUGGAGAAAUUCACAGUUCUAAGUUUGAAACUUAGAAUGUUUUGUUUUGAGAAGAAAAACACAAAAGUUAACUAUUAGGAAAGAUACACAUUGUUGAAAGCCUUAAGCCACAACCCUUUGGCUAGCUGUGAAAUUUAAGGUUGAAUUAAAGAUGUUAAUGUAUACCAACUCUCAUCUAUCAUUUUUUCUAUAAUAAACAUUCUAUAGUUUUGGCUCUAUAAUCAGACUGAACUAUCAGGAAAACAUUUGCUUAAGUGCUUAGCUUCAUUAGAAGGCCAAAUAUGGAAUAGCAAAAGCAUCUAAACAAUCUGCUUCCUCCUGUGUACCAUGUAUUGUUUAAAAUCUUUCAAGAUCUGGAACAUCCACCUUCCUCCCUUAAACAUUUACUGUUAAGCUGAACAAUGCUUCAGGUAAGUAUUUACUACUACAGUCCCUCCAGUCAGAGCUGGUGUGCCCCAAACAUGACACAUGGAGGUAAAACAAUUUCCAUUUUAAACCCAGCUAAGCCAGUGAGAACACUGGGCAUGAGCUGCUGUAGAGAUACACCAGUCUGGCAACCUGCAGUUACUAAACUGAUACAAAGGAAUGGCACUACUGCUUCCUCUCAGCUGUUUGAAUUU